AUUCAGGAUUGGACUUUAUCACCCUGUGGGCUGAUUACCUCUGAUCACGUCCAUUCAGUGCUUUCAGGUGGCAAGGAUGCUUCACGUGAUGGACAGACUGUCCCUUAAAUCUCAGCUCAGCGUCUUCACCACCUUGGUUUUCCAUCACACUGUGGUCGUUCUUCUUCUGACACACUCCUGUGCAGGUCAGUCUCAGCUGAUUGGUUCUCCUCAGCCAAUAGUGGCGAUUGCUGGGGGUGACAUCAUCCUGCCGAGCCACCUGGAACCUGCUGUGGACGCUGUUGGCAUGACAGUGGAGUGGACGAGACCCGACCUGAAGCCCAGAUUUGUCCAUAUGUGGCGUGACGGCUGGGAGCUUGUGUAUAAAAAACAUCCAUUCUACGAGGGCAGAACGUCUCUGUUCAUGGACAAACUGGAGCACGGAGACGUUUCACUGCAACUCUCUAAAGUGAAACUCUCUGAUGAAGGAAAAUACAGAUGCUUCAUUUUGCCACUGGGUAGAGAAACUACUGUUCAGCUUGUUGUUGGUGCUGCCUCCUCUCCUGUCCUCAACGUGAGCAAAAGCAGCAGUGGAGUGGUUUUAGAGUGUGAAAGUAAAGGCUGGUACCCAGAGCCUGAGCUGUUUUGGCUGGAUGCUGAGGGAAAGCUCCUCUCUGCUGGAGCUCCAGAGACAGUCAGAGGUCCUGAUGGCCUCUAUACUGUCAGCAGCAGAGUGACUGUGGAGAAGAGCCACAGCAACAGCUUCACCUGCAGGGUUCAGCAGCUCAGCAUCAACCAGAGCAGGGACACACACAUCCACGUCCCAGAUGAUUCCUUUCCGUCUUUUCCUGCUGUUCCUGUCACCAUCAGCUUGUCUGUUGUCUUCCUCUGUGUUGUUGUUGUUGUUGUUGUCAUUGUUAUGGUGAAAUGUAGAGUUAACGAAUUAGAGAGAAGAGCGAAUGCCUGCGCAGGUAGCGUCAUUAAACUUGAGAACCUAAUGGAUGAUCUGAACAAGAAAAAGGCAGAACUGGAGGAAGAGCUUAAAAAGAAAGAGCAGGAAGGGAAACACUGGGAAGAGCUGUGUGAUCAACUGAUGAGAGAAAAGACUGAACUGGAGAACAAAAUAGAGGAAAACAAAUUGAAACUGGAGCAGAUGGAGAGAGAGAGAGAUGAGAACGAGAACAAACUUCAGUCAGAGAGAAGAACAGUAACAGUCAAGCAGAGAGAUGAGACACACCUGAAAAAACAAAAAGACACAGCAAAGAAAGAGAAAGAUGAAGAACUAAGUCUUUUAUUACAGGGCAAAAACAAUCUGGAGAGGACAAAGUCCCAUCUUGAGAAACAGUUACAAGAAGAGGAGAAAAUACUGGAAAACAAAGAGAGCGAACUUACUGCAGCAACAAAAAAGAGGAGACUAUCAGAGAGCCAGAUAGAGCAGAUCAGAGUGGAGCUGAAGAAGCUGGAGGAGCUGAAGGAGGAAGAGAAACAGGGAUGAGAGAGAGAGGAAGACUCAGGCAGAGGAACAGCAGAAAGGAAAAGCUCUGGAAAGUCAGGAGGAUAAAUCCCACAUGGAUUUGAAGAAGAGAGAAACAGAGAAUCAGGAAGAGCCGCAGGAGAAAGAUCAGCUGACUGAGGGAAGAGCUGAAGCUGAAGAAAGACUGGAGAGAGAGGAGGAGGAGGAGAGGAGAGAUUCAAAGAAGGGGAAAUUCAGAGAUGAUAAAGUUUCAUCAGUCAUGGGGAGUCACUUUACACGAUGUUAAUUUUCCUCAUCAGAGAGUUCACUGACAGUAAAGCAGGUAAAUGAAGUGCAGCUCCCUGCUGUGAUCCUCUUGAACAGCUGCUCUCCACUUCCUUUCUCCAGCGGCUCCAAGCAGCGCUGGAACAGUCUGAGUCCCUCUGAGCUCUGAGCAGCUUCUUCAUCUCUGCUCACAUCCAGCAGACAUUUGAAGCCAUCAGACAGAGAAAAGGAGCUGAGCACAUCAGCUUUGGAUUUCAUGUCACAGCUGCCAGUGUUGAUGUUUCCCACUUCCACACUGGGAUUUGUAAAUGUGGAGACGAGGAGGAAGACUGGAAACAGAUCCAUGUUGACUUCAGAAUCGCCUUUUUUUCUGCCAAUUCCAAGAGACUUUAUCACCAACACUUUCUCCAAAUGUGAUGCUAAAGACUUUGAGCUGCUGUGAGAGGAUAACACUGCUCUGAUUUAGAGAGGCAGAAGGAAAAACUUGAAAUUGUCUCACUCAGUUUGUUGAUUUAAAAUGCAAGAAAAUAACUCCACAUGAGAUUAUCCAGUUAUUAAUGACAGUGUUGACUUUGUAAUGUUUUUAGUUUUAUAACACGAUAUUUACAUUUUUGUAUUUUUUGUAUCACAGCUUAUUAUGUCACUUAUAAUUAUGUUUUGAAUAUUUUGUGAUAAUUAAAUUUUGUCUCAUUCCUGGGUGAGCAUUCACAUAACUCUCUCCCGCAGUGUGUCACACCUGUAUGCUGUGACAUCAGGUGUGUGUGCAGCUAAAACUGAUUUUUUAAAGCUUGAACAUUGUAA